AUGACCGACGCAUUCAAUGCCAUCACUCAUGGCGCCCUCCGCCAAAUUACCGAGGGCAACCCCGUGGAGAAUCCCAUCCUGCAGUGCGUCCAGAUCAAGCCCAUGGCCCAGGGCGCUGGUGGGACAGAACGGUGGCGGGUUGUCUUCAACGACACCGUCAACUUCAUUCAGGGCAUGCUAUCCUCGCAAUCAAACCAUCUAAUCACCGACGGCCAUCUCAAGAAAGGCAGCGUAUGCCGACUCACACAGUACCAAGCAAACUUCGUCAAGGACAAGCACAUUCUGAUCAUCAUGAAUCUUGAUGUACUGCACGAGUAUGGCGAGCAGGACAAACUGGGUUCACCGGUGGCGUUGGACGCAGCGAAGCCUGAAGCACAAGAGGACGUGAAGCCACAGCCAGGGAACAUCGCGGGAAACAACUUCUAUGGUCAGAAGCCACAGCAGGCGCAACUACAACAGCAGCAGCAGCAGCGGUCACUGCCUUCGCGGACAAAUGGUGCUUCUCAUGGCGGCGCACAUGGCAAUAUCACGCCCAUCGAAGCUGUCUCGCCAUAUCAGCACAAGUGGACAAUCAAGGCAAGAUGCACAUCAAAAGGCGAUAUCAAGACAUGGCACAACAAGAACGGAGAAGGUAAGCUGUUUAGCGCUAACUUCUUGGACGAGACUAGCGAGAUUCGAGCAACCAUGUUCAACGAGCAAUGCGACCAGUGGUACGACGUGCUGCAAGAGGGUUCUGUAUACUACAUCUCGAGCCCAUGCAAAGUCCAGCUGGCUAAGAAGCAAUUCUCGAACCUGCCGAACGACUACGAAUUGACUUUCGAGCGGGACACGCAGGUAGAGAAAGCCGAUGAUGAAGGCGUGCCGCAGGUCAAGUACAGCUUCACGAAUCUCGAAUCGCUCCAAAAUGUCGAGAAAGACACUGUGACCGACGUCAUUGGUGUGCUUGCAGAUGUCGGUGAGGUCAAUGAGAUCGUGUCGAAAACUACAUCGAAGCCCUACAGCAAGCGAGAGCUUACUUUGGUGGACGACACUGGGUACAAUGUCCGCCUGACUAUCUGGGGCAAGGUUGCUGAGUCCUUUGAUGCUUCUCCCGAAGCUGUUGUAGCGUUCAAGGGAGUCAAGGUCAGCGAUUUUGGUGGUCGAUCAUUGUCCUUGCUGUCCAGCGGAAGCAUGAACAUCGAUCCAGAUAUCGACGAGGCUUACAAGCUGAAAGGCUGGUACCAAGCCAACGGCAGCACAACACAAUUCGCAUCGCAUGCCAACACCAUGGCCACUGUUGGUGCCACGUCUGGAGGUCGCAAGGACGACACCAAGACCAUCCAACAGGUUCGUGACGAGAACCUGGGUAUGACUGAUGCUACGGACUGGUUCACGCUCAAAGCGACUAUCGUCUACAUCAAGCAAGACAACUUUGCAUAUGCUGCAUGCCAGACCACUGAUCCCCAACCUUGCAACAAGAAAGUGACCGAGGUCGAUAAUGGCAGCUGGCGAUGCGAGAAAUGCGAGAAAAACUGGGAUGCGCCCAAGUACCGCUACAUCAUGAGCGUCAACGUCAGCGAUCAUACCGGACAACUCUGGCUCAGCUGUUUCGACGACGUCGGACAAGCUAUGCUGGGAAUGCCUGCCAACGAGCUCAUGGUAGCGAAGGAGGAGGGCGAUGAAAAGAGAGUGACUGAUGCAUUCGCUGACGCGAACUGCAAGAGCUUUGUGUUCAAGUGCAGGUGUAAGAUGGACAACUACCAGGACCAACAGCGAGUUCGCUACCAAGUCCAGUACGCCAACAACAUCGACUUCGUGCGCGAAUCAAAGAGGCUGGCCGAUAUCAUCAAGCUAUACAACAGUGCUUCGGACACCUUGUUUGUAUGA